AUGUUAUGUGCCAUCGAAGGCAUUUCAAUGAUUUCGAUGAGGCUGAAGCACUUUAUAACUACCCCAAUAUUUUACGCUAAUGGACCGCCACAUAUUGGUCAUCUUUAUACUGCGCUGUUAGCAGAUGCUUCGAAUCGCUGGCGACUGUUAAGGGAUGGUAAUGCUGAUUUGGAUGAUUCAUUAUUUACAACGGGAACUGAUGAACACGGUUUGAAGAUCCAACAAACUGCCACUGCAGCCGGCUGUGAUCCACAAAGUUAUUGCGACAAUAUGAGCGAUAAAUUCAAGGAUCUGUUUUGUGCUUUUGGGAUACAGCCGAAUGAUUUUAUUCGAACCACGGAAACACGACAUAAAGAAGUUGUUAAGCAUAUCUGGGAAGAAUUGGAUAAACGGGGGCAGAUACAACAAGGUAAACAUGAAGGCUGGUAUUCAACCACUGAUGAAUGUUUCUAUGCCAGCGAUGAAGUGGAAAAAUUGAGCGAACAGAAUUCCAUGGUGAGUAAAAUCACGGGUUCGGUUGUAGAAUGGGUGCAGGAAGAAAAUUAUGUAUUUCCUUUGUCCAAAUAUCUUGGUAAAGUGCGAAGUUGGCUCAGCAGUUGCGAUAUCAUACGUCCGAAGGUUUAUUUUCCGGAAGCAUUUCAGCAAGCAAGCAUAGAAAGAAAUCUUUCAAUGUCAAGAGACAGAAAGCGAGUCACUUGGGGUAUUGCGGUGCCAAACGAUGAAAGUCAGACGAUAUAUGUUUGGUUCGAUGCACUAAUCAGUUAUUUAACUGUGAGUGGUAUUUUUUCUAACCAAAAAGGGUCAAAGUGGCCUCCGACAUGUCAGAUCCUUGGCAAAGAUAUCCUAAAAUUUCAUGCAGUCAUUUGGCCGGCAUUUUUAAUUGCACUCGAUCUUCCCCUUCCGAAACGAAUAUUUGUUCACAGUCAUUGGCUUGUUAAUGGAGCGAAGAUGUCAAAAAGUGUUGGAAAUGUGGUUGAUCCAUUUAUUGCAUCUAAAUCGUUAUCUGAGGAGGGAUUGAGGUACUUCUUACUCCGACAAGGAACUCCACAAAACGAUGCAAAUUUCACAAUGUUGAAAGCUAUAAAUGUCAUUAACACGGAUCUUAUAAAUAAUGUUGGAAAUUUGUUACAACGCUCAACGAUCGAAAAGCUUAAUCCUUCUCAGAGAUAUCCUGCAUUUUAUCCAGAUUCGUUUCAUAAUAGUUUGCUGGAAUUAGGUGAGCCGCUGGUACAUUCAGUCAACUCGUUGGCAGAACUGUACGAGGAACAGUUUGAUGAAUUAAUGAUUUAUAAAGCUCUCGAACUUCUUAUGGAAGUAAUGCGGCAAGCGAAUGGUUUUUUUCAGUUCUAUGAACCGUGGAAUGAACUGGACGAUAGAAAGGUAUCUUCUUUGCUAUACAUCUGUUAUGAAGUGUUGCGGAUUUGUGGAAUUUUGUUGCAGCCGGCUGUACCUCAUUAUGCGGACCACCUGCUAAAUAGAUUAGGGAUAAAAAAGAACGAACGAGGUUUAGGUAAUGUUAAGCUUAUAACAGAUUCGAAAUAUUUCGGAAGACCGCUGGGUGAAUAUAGUGGUCCGCUUAUGGAGCGAAUUGUAUGCAGGGCCAGUGAAGUUUAA